AUGGCCGGACUGGGGACUUCUGCUCACGUCUGGGGGUGGCUGGUGCUCGGCAGCUGUCUCCUUGUCGGAGCCCAGCUGGAUUCCGAUGGCACGAUUACUAUAGAGGAGCAGAUUGUCCUUGUGCUGAAAGCCAAAGUACAAUGUGAACUCAACAUCACAGCUCAGCUCCAGGAGGGAGAAGGAAAUUGUUUCCCAGAAUGGGAUGGACUCAUUUGUUGGCCCAGAGGAACAGUGGGGAAAAUAUCAGCUGUCCCAUGCCCUCCUUAUAUUUAUGACUUCAAUCAUAAAGGAGUUGCCUUCCGACACUGUAACCCCAAUGGAACGUGGGAUUUUAUGCACAGCUUAAACAAAACAUGGGCCAAUUAUUCAGACUGCCUUCGCUUUCUGCAGCCAGAUAUCAGCCUAGGAAAGCAAGAAUUCUUUGAACGCCUCUAUGUCAUGUACACCGUUGGCUACUCCAUCUCCUUUGGUUCCUUGGCUGUGGCUAUUCUGGUCAUUGGUUACUUUAGACGAUUGCAUUGCACUAGGAACUAUAUCCAUAUGCACUUAUUUGUGUCUUUCAUGCUGAGAGCUACAAGCAUCUUUGUCAAGGACAGAGUGGUCCAUGCUCACAUAGGAGUAAAGGAGCUGCAGACCCUGGUAACACAGGAUGACACACAAAAUUCCAUUGAGGCACCUUCUGUGGACAAAUCACAAUACAUUGGAUGCAAGAUUGCUGUUGUGAUGUUUAUUUACUUCUUGGCUACCAACUACUAUUGGAUCCUGGUGGAAGGUCUCUACUUGCAUAGUUUAAUCUUUGUGGCUUUCUUUUCGGACACCAAAUACCUGUGGGGCUUCAUCUUGAUAGGCUGGGGGUUUCCAGCAGCAUUUGUUGCAGCCUGGGCUGUGGCACGAGCUACUCUAGCUGAUGCAAGGUGCUGGGAACUUAGUGCUGGAGACAUCAAGUGGAUUUAUCAAGCCCCGAUCUUAGCAGCUAUUGGGCUGAAUUUUAUUCUGUUUCUGAAUACAGUUAGAGUUCUGGCUACCAAGAUUUGGGAGACCAAUGCUGUUGGGCAUGACACAAGAAAGCAAUACAGGAAACUUGCCAAGUCGACACUGGUGCUGGUCCUGGUCUUUGGAGUGCAUUACAUCGUGUUUGUGUGCCUGCCCCACUCCUUCACUGGGCUCGCUUGGGAGAUCCGCAUGCACUGUGAGCUCUUCUUCAACUCCUUGCAGGGUUUCUUUGUGUCUAUCAUCUACUGCUACUGCAAUGGAGAGGUUCAGGCUGAGGUGAAGAAGAUGUGGAGUCGCUGUGACCUAUCCGUGGACUGGAAAAGGACGCCGCCCUGUGGCAGUCGCAGGUACGGUUCGGUGCUCACCACCGUGACGCACAGCACCAGCAGCCAGUCGCAGGUGGCCGCCAGCACGCGCACCGUGCUCCUCUCGGGCACAGCGGCCAAGACUGCCCGAAGACAGCACGACAGCCACGUGACUUUACCCGGCUACGUCCGGAGUAACUCGGAGCAGGACUGUCUGCCACAGUCAACCCACGAGGAGACCAAGGAGGGUAACGGGAGGCAGAGAGAUGACAUUCCGAUGGAGGACUCUUCCAGGCCAUUGGCAUUUAACCCAGACACUGAAGGGCACGACGGAGACACUGAGGAUGUUCUCUGA